UGAGAAAGCUACGACUAUUGAAGAUUCAUAAUGCGCGUAACUUUUUUGAAAGUGGAUACCUUUCAAAUGAGUUACGUGUUUUGGAGUGGCAUCAAUAUCCUCUCAUCUAUAUGCCAUCAAGUUUUCAACCCGAAAAUCUUGUUGAACUCAACAUGUCCAAUAGCCGUAUAGAACGACUAUGGGAUAAGGAAACAACACUUUCUUUGGACAAGUUAAUAUUGCUGAAUCUUGGCAAUUAUGAGUACUUGGUUGAAACCCCUGACUUCAGCAGAGUUCCCAAUCUUGAGAGGCUGAUUCUUGAAGGUUGUAAAAGCUUAUCAGCGGUUCAUCCAACAAUCAAAGAGCUCAAACAACUCGUAUUGUUGAACUUGAAAGGUUGUGAAUCUCUUGAUAGUCUUCCUCAAUGCAUCUGCUUCAACUUUCUUGAGACUUUCAUUCUUUCGGGAUGUACGAAACUUGUUAAAUUUCCAGAGAUUGUGGGAGAUAUGAAUCGUUUGUCACAACUUUAUUUGGAUGGGACUGCUAUAGAGGAGCUGCCAACAUCAUUAGAACACUUAAGUAGCCUUAUUUUGUUGAAUCUUAGAAACUGCAAAAACCUUUUGAGCCUUCCAGAUUUCAUUUGUAGAAUGGCAUCUCUAAGAACUCUUGAUAUUUCAUGCUGCACACAUAUUGAACAAUUGCCAGAAAACAUAGGGAGCUUGGAGAACUUGGAGAAACUUGAUGCUUGUAGGACUGCUAUAAGAAAAGCACCUUCCUCCAUUGUACAUUUGAAGAAUCUUAAAAUGUUAUGUUUGGUCAAAUGUGGUGGUGUAGCAGACGGGUCAUCGCAAUGUUCAAACGAAUCCGUCAGUUUCCAGUUGCCUAGUUCAUUAUUUGGUCUAAGCUCUCUGACAUCUUUAAAUCUAGCUGAUUGCAAUUUACAAGAAGGAGAAAUCCCUGAGGAUAUUGGUUGUUUGUCCUCACUUACUGAUUUAGGAUUGGCUGGAAACAAUUUCUUGAGCUUACCUGAAAGUAUCUCUCAGCUGUCUAAUCUUAGAAAUUUGGUUCUGGAUAAUUGUCGCAAGCUUCAAUCAUUGCCAAAACUUCCUGCAAAAAUAAAACACGUGACUACACAUGGUUGUCCUAUGCUAAACGAUCAAUUGACAAUAUGGCCUUCUGAUGAGGGAUUCAGUGUCAUUGAUUCUCGCGGAUCAGAAGAGGCUAAAGGACCUCUUACACACCACCCUCUUCCAAUGCCUGAAGAACAAGUCCACAAACUAUUACCUAAAUUUAUUGAGGAUCAAAUUUAUCAUGAAGCAAGCUUGGAACUUCGUUUUCCUUUUUCAAGAAUUCCAAACUGGUGCCGCCGUUGGAAUAAAGGGUCUUCUGUAAGAAUCAGACUACCUGAAAAAGAUUGCGGCCAAAUGUGGAUUGGAUUUUGUUUGUUUGUUGUUGUCCUAAUCAAGAAACUAGAAACCUUUGAUGAUAGUCGGUAUGAUACUUCCUGUCAUUUUUAAGUUGAUGAAGGUUGUCUCGAAAAUCCCCAAAAGAUAGAAAGCUUCAGCGGCUUCAACGUUGGGUCUCAUGGACUUUGUGCCUAUGUGUCAAAGAAAAGGUUUGCAAAUCAAUUGGACAAAGCAAGUCAUAUCAUAGCUUCAAUUUCAACAAACAGACCAGAUGUGGAGGUGAAAAUUUGUGGGCUGCAUAUAAUAUUUAACAAAGAUGUGCCAAAAUUUGCUCAAGAUUUAGCCGAUACUUCUAAUGAACACCUAAACUUGACAUCUAUAAAACAUUACAAGCAUAUACUAGAUGAGGCAAGUAAAUUGGAUGUUGUCUUAAAACCUCAACCCCCUCGACGUCCCAGACACCAGGUCAUAGCAACAGCUCACCCUGAUAGCCCGCUAAGAAAAGAUCUACAAUCAUUGCUUUCAAUAAUGUAUCAGGGAUGCCAUGCGCGUAACAGGCCUUUGUUUUUUGAUUUUUCUAUGAAAGGAUUUGCUUUUGAAUGGUAUUUUCAUCAUAGUGUGGGGCGCACUGUAGUUUGUUAUUUGCCUACAAACUUAUUUGAUGACAACGAAUGGGUUGGAUUUGGUUUAUAUGCUAGAUUUACAAGGAAUAACCUAUCUCAUUUAGAAACUACUCCUCCUUUGCUUUAUAUUGAUUUGCAUACCCAUGGAAGUAGCAUUUCACAUGUAAAAACGUUUCUUCUCCACGUUCACUCUUUUCCACAUCAUUUUCUUGUAUUUCAUGCACGCCGAUUGAAUUUUGGAGAAGAGCUAAAUCAAUGUUGGGGAGUAAGUGCUUUGUUUAGGACCAGUACCCCAGAUGUGGAGGUAAAAAUGUGUGGGAUUCGAGUAGUAUACGAGGAAGAUUUGGCAAGUGUAGUUGACAUGGUGACUGAGAUUGAAUUAAAUAGGGUAGCUGAUGAUGAACAUAGUCAACAAAGGUGUUACCAAUCAUAUAGUGAGCUGAUGGAACAAUUCCUUAAUUCAGUCGAGUCUGAUAAGGAACAAGUCCUUAAUUCAGUCAAGUCUGAUGAGGCCGAGACAAGGAAAGAAGAAAUGCCUAAUAUUCAUUACGGUGCUUUCUCCUCUGAAAGUGAGUACGAGUCCUUGCGGAUGAACAAGUUUUUGUCAAGUAUUCAACCUAUUGAUGAAUACGUUUCAGCUGCUGCAUAUGAGAAAUCUGUUCCAUCUGAAUCUUUUGUAGCCCACUCAAAAACUUUUUUCGAAUCUACAUAUCAAGGGAUUAAUGCAAAUAGGGCUGGUACUUCAAGUUCAAGAGAUUCAGAGAAAGGUUUGAUUCAUUUACAGAUAAUGGCAGAGAGUCAUCUUCAUGAAAAUGAUUGGCUAACCUGGAAAAACAAUCUUGAAGAUUUCCUUCAGACCAGCUAUAACGUCAUCAUCACUCUCAGUAUCAAGGGACAUAUUAUUUCUCUUGUGAAACCUUUUCAUCCUUUCUUGCCAUACAAUAUAUGCUUCCCUGUAAAGGAAACUCCAGAGUGGUUUAAAGGUUGGAAAGCUAACAUGCGAAGGCUGGCAGUUAAGCUACCGCCAAAUCUCAAUGUUGAUAAUAAUUGGAGGGGGGUUGCUAUAUGUGCUUCUUUUUCAGUAUACGGGAAUCCAUAUGCUAUUUCUAACUCUGACAACGACUUUUUCAGACUUCUUUGUCAUUUGAGAACGAAUAUAAGACACUGUUUAAAUCCUGCCCCCAUGUUUCGCAUCACCAAAGACAAAUUCAAGUGGUUAUUUGUACAUGGAUUCAUUUGGCUAACCUACAUUCCUAGUUGUUUGUUGCUUGCAGAAUUGAAUGGACAAGAUUCCGAAAUAUUUGUUGAAAUCUUUAAUGAGUGUCCAGGUCUGCUUACGCAGGGUUUAGCAGUUCGGCUCUUGUAUGAGCAAGAUGUGGAGGAAUUUAGAAAAUCAAUAAUUAAAUGCACCACAUCAUUCUUUGACAAUAACCUGGACCUCAUCCAUCAAUUUGUGGACAAUGAAAAUGAAAUCCCAUCUAGUGAAAUAAGCUAUUUUUUUAAGCAGCCCACUUAUCCGUAUGGACUGGACUUUGAUCGAGACACACUAAUGCUAUCAUGUUGCCCUCCUACUGAAAUUCUAGAGUGGUUCACCCAUCAUACUAGUGGCCCUUCAGUGACAAUCCAGCUACCACCAUAUCUAUGUAGGGAUGCUACUUGGAUAGGAUUGGCACUAUGUGCAUAUUUUUCAGACCUUGAACAUACAAGUGAGUUUGAUCCUGAAAUUCCUCACUACCUUACUUGCCACUUGGAAACUGACAGAGUUAGGCUGGACCCCCUGCAUAAGAACUUCAACAUGUUACGUGAUGUAGAAUUCAUGUGGCUGUCCUUUAUACCACAUAUCUGGUUUGGAGAUCAGCUGAACAAUUGCAAUCUCAUUGAGGCUUCAUUUGCAAGCGAGAGAGGAGGCUGGGGGGCUCAUAAGUGUGGUCUCCGCCUUAUAUAUCUGCAUGAUGAGGAAGAGUUUAAGCAGAUAAUAAAUCAUUGCAUGGCCUCGACGUACGAUGAUCCAGAUGGUCAUGAUGGUCAGGAAGGGUGUAGCAAAUCUAGCAGCAGUAUUAUCCAUGAUCCACAACAAACAAAUAGAUCAAAUGAGAUCCAUGUGGAGCUUUUACAAUGUGGUCCGCCUGUAACAAUUAACAAAGAUGUGCCAAAGUUUAGUCAAGAUUUAGAUGAUACAUCAUCUACUAAGCACCCAGACUUGACAUCUGUUGAACAUUACUUGCAUUUACUUGAGAAAGAAAGUGAAUUGGAAAGAUCCAGUGAUGUUAAGGUACUUGAAUCCCAUCAUCCUCCUGUAACUCAUUCCUUGAGAAGUGCACAUCGUCCUACCAACCAGCUGAGAAGAGAUCUCGAAGCCUUAUUUUCAAGAGUAUUUUUUGAGGGAUCAUCAUAUGCACGCAACAUUCCUAUUCCUUUUAGUUUUCCUUCAACAGAAUUUGCAUUCAGUUGGUUCUUUCACCAAAGUGUGGGGCGCUUUGUAGUUUGCUAUCUUCCUGCAAACUUACUUGAUGACAAGUCAUGGGUAGGAUUUAGCCUGUAUGCUGCACUUAGAUUGUGUCCGUCUGAUUUGCAUAGCAACCAUUUGGAUUCAGGAUCUCCUCUUUUGCUUCAUAUAGACUUUCAUUCCCAUGGAAGUAGUAUUUCACAUAUAAAAACAAUUAGUGAUCUCCCUAUUUUGCGUUAUUCACACCAAACUAUUCUAUUUAGUGCACCUCGAGUGUAUUUCAAACAAGAUCAGUUGAAUCAAUGUUGGGGAGUAAGCGCUUUGUUUAGAACCAGCAGCCCAAAUUUGGAGGUCGAAACGUGUGGGAUCCGUGCAGUAUAUGAUCAAGAUAUGGGAACUGUAAAUGAAAUGAUAGCCGAGUGUCAGUUGAGCUUUCCAAAUGAGGACCAAGAAUGUUACCAAGCAUACGAAUUUUUGAUGCAGGGUAUCAUUACCGCACAUCAGUCUGUUAAGCCCAUGACAAGGAAUGAAGAAAUUCCCAUCCAUUCUAGUCACUCCUCUAAAAGGGAUUACGAAUCCAACAUGUUUCUGUCAAGUACUCAGCCUGUUGACAAAGAAAUUUCAAGUGCAUAUAAGGAACUUUCUAUUCCACUUGACCCCGUUGUAGUCCACUCCAAACCACAGUAUUCGGAAUCUUCUUCUUACAAACUGUUUUCAGAAAGCACUUCAAGAGAUUCAAAGCUUGGUAUAAUUCAUUUACAGAUAAUGGCAGAGUCUUCACUUUUUGAAAAUGAUUUCGUAAGGUGGAAAAAUAAUCUUGACAAUUUCCUUCAACGUCAUUCUAGCUUUUUCAUCAUCAUUACUCUCAGCCUUAAAGGACAGAUCAUUUCUGUUUUUAAGCCUUUUGAAACUUGUUCGACAUACAAUUUAUGUUUCCCACGGAAGGAAAUUCUGGAGUGGUUUACAGACUAUCAAGUCAGUAGGCGAACAUUCAUUGUCAAAUUACCACCAAAUCUGAAAAAUGAUAAAAACUGGUUGGGGAUCGCUGUCUGUGUGGCUUUUUCAGUGAACGAGCAUCCAAAUUUGAUCCUUGACGAGGAGUUAGAAGUCUCAUUUAGAGUUUUAUGUCAUAUGCACACGGAUCAAGGUUGGUGUUUGGAUCUUGCCCCCGUGUUUCCCGUUACUAAAGACAACUUCAAGUGGUCAUGUGUAGGUGGGUUCAUUUGGCUAACCUACAUUCCCAGUUCUUUGUUGCUUCCAGAGUUGAAAGGCCAAAGCUACAUAGUGAUUGAUAUCUACAGCGAGUGCCCUGGCGUCCUUACCAAGAAUCUCGGGGUCCGUCUCUUGUACCAACAAGAUGUGGAAGAAUUCAAACAAUCACUAAGCAAAUGCCUGACAGGGUUCCUUGACAAUUUGGAUACCAUUUCUAAAUUUAUGGGCGAUGGAAAUGAGAAAAACCCCUGUCGUGCUGAUGAGUUGGGAAGUAGCAGUAAAAAUAGCAAAGGUUGUGUUGUUACUCAACCAGAAAAUGUGACAGCUGAACCCACUUUCCCAGGAAAAACUGGCAUGGCCUUCGAUCUAGACAUGAUAUAUAACUCAUGCUUCUCUCGUACUGAAAUUCUAGACUGGUUCAUCCAUCACGGCAAUGGUCCUUCAGCCGAAAUCCAACUACCAUCAAAUCUAUAUGAUGGUGAUUGGAUAGGAGUGGCUCUUUGUGCAUAUUUUACAUAUGAUGAGCAUCCAAGUACCUUUAUUGAUAAUUUUGAUCCUGAAAUUCCUCAGUUCCUUAUUUGUAACUUUGGUUUGGAUACUCUGCAUCUUUAUCAAAUGACCAAUGAAGCCAAGAAGAUAGAUGGAGAAUUCAUAUGGCUGUCCUAUAUACCACGGCUCUGGUUUUCAGAUCAGUGGAAGGACUCCAGUCUUGUUGAGGCUUCAUUUGCAAGCGAUAUAGGAGGCUUACGGGCUCAAAAGUGCGGUCUUCGUCUUCUGUACAGACAUGAUGAGGAAGAGUUUAAGCGUACAAUAAGCUACUGCAUGGCCUCCAUGAUUGAAAAUAAAGAUCCAGUCUCUCAUGUUAAGGCUGAUAACGAAGGAAAAAAGAAGGUGUUGGAUGAUGGUCAUGACCCUCAACAUGAAAGAGUGGAAGGAGCUGACAAUGCUAACCCCAUGGAUAAAGGUAAACAAGUUACUGAGUAACCUCUCUGCCUCUCUUUGCUUACCAGUAGGCAGAGAUUACUACUCUGGAACUCUUUUCUACUCAAUGCUGGGAAUUCUCUAUCUCAAGCUUCACUCUCUUCUCUCUUCUUUGUUGCUUCUCACUGGUUUGCUGAUUUUUCUCUUUCUUUUUCUUUUUCGUUAUGAUUAGAGGACUUCAAUCUUUCAUGGUCACUGUUUAAGUUGUGCUGGAAUAAUCUUGUUCUUAUAUGACUAUUAUUUCUUUGGGUUUUGCUUCAAUUCUCAUUUUCAAAGAAUAAUUUGUGUUCCAUAGAUAUAUAACUUCCGGUCCACCUAACGACCGGCCCCCACUUAGUCGGUUUGGUUGAAUUAAACCUGCAUUUGACAAAUAAGUUAUAAAAAUAUCAAUUCAGUUCA